UACAUGUGGAUGCCACAUAAGCCUUUACAGUAGUGUAGUCAUUUCAUUUUGGCUAAAAAUUAGGUCUGUCAAUUUACAAGUUGAUCGUCGUUCUUUGUCUCCGGCGCACCUGUCCCAAAAUGUAGGUCUUUGAAGUUGGUUCUGAAUCAUGAGAAUCUUUGCGAAAUAGAAAGUAGGUAAAUUCAAAUUUCUGGAAUUUCAAAUCGAAGAUUAUCUUCUAUUGCUGCUCCAUGUGAAGCGUUGGGUUGGAACGAAGCUGAUCAUUUAGGAACAUACACGAAAAUGUCGGAACCAAUCCCACCGGAACUGGUAACCGAAAUACUGAUCCGGUCACAAGUAGACACGCUACUACGCUGCAGGUCAGUCUCAAAACAAUGGCGUAGCAUAAUUGACGAUCCAGAUUUCAUCAGUCAACACAUGAACCAUUCCACUAAAACUAACACUAACAAAUCCCUUUUCUUCAAAGGAGUAACUAACGGCGACUUAUUUCAUCUGGACUUGGAUAGUCUACAUCGCAGUGGGUCCAUCCAAUUCCGUGACCAGCCGAAGGAACUGUGCAACACAUACGAGUUAGUAGUGGGGUCAUGCAAUGGUUUACUCUGUAGCACAAGUCUGAGAACCGGUGUUUUUUCGAUACAGAAUCCUUCCACUAGAAAACACUACUCUUUUCCAAGCUUUUUGCCGUCUAAUUGCAUUAGUAAAGAAGGGCAUGGAUUUGGGUAUGAUAGUGUCACCGGUGAUUACAAGGUUGCUGCGAUUGUGAUAGUUGAGCUAUUGGGUAUAAUCCAAGCUCAGAUUUUUAUCGGUAAUGUAAGAACAAAAGCAUGUACUGUUACUCAAUUGCCUUACAUGGUUAGCAUACGGAGGGAUUAUAUGGGUGUUCUUGUUAAUGGAACUCUGCAUUGGCUUGUGGAUACAUUCUAUGAUGAUGGUCGUAGCGCGAGACAUGUAAUUAUGGGUUUGGAUCUUGAAACUGAAGAAUUUCAAGAAGUAUCGCAUCCUGGGAGAAAUGAGAGUUUUGAUAUUGAUAUGUAUAUUGGGGUUUUAGGAACAUGGUUAUGCGUGUUUGUGGAUCAUUCUAAAGCUGGAAUUGAUGUCUGGGUUAUGAAAGAAUACAGGGUUCAAGAAUCUUGGACUAAGCUUUUUAUGAUCCCUUUUGAUGUUUUGAGCUCUAAUUCUUGCCAAAUUGCUUCUCUCGGUUUCUCGAAGACGGGUUCAGAAAUUCUGUUGGAAGUGGAUUGUAGCAGGCUUGUUUGGUAUGAGAUUGAAGGAAAAAAGGCGGUAGAUAUUACCGUUCAAGGAUUAAAAAAUACCCCAUUUAUGACCGUUCUUUGCUUGAGAAGUCUUGUUCCACUAGAUGCAAGUGUUGUAGGAUUUGAUGUUGAUAAGCUCAAACAAUCACAGAAUUCAAAACAACAAAAGAAGAAAAAGGAUGAUUUCUUGUCCAUGGGAUUCAAGCUCAAACUGUAGUAAAAAAAGAACUGAAAAUAGUAUCAAGGAUGUUCAACAGGUAAAUGUAGGAGUUUUUGGAACUAACUCAUUAAUUUGCAAUGAUUUGCUCAUUAAGUUAGAUAUGAUAUGCCAAUCAUUUUCUGUGCAGUUAGUUAGAUCGGUUUGGCCAAUACUUAUGGUUUAGAUAGUUGUAUAUAAUGAUGAUGAAGAUAUUAUAGAUGUCCAACCGGUAAAUGUAGAAUUUUCCGGGACAAACUCUGUUUUGCCAUUAAUUUGCAAUGGUUUGCUCUUUAAGUUAGAUAUGAUAUGCUAAUCAUUUGCUGUGCAGUUAGUUAGAUCGGUUUGGCCAAUACUUAUGGUUUAGAUAGUCUUAUAUAUAUUGUGGAUUUGCAAUGGAAUUGUUUUUUUUCCCGAUUUAUAUCACUUUCAUAUUUCAAUCUGCUUUUUAA